AUCUAGGAGUGAAAGGGGAGUGGAGCAAGCCGGCAAACCCGCUAUGAGCAGGAAAUCCUGGUCAUAUAAAUGCUUUUGUAUUUUCUGAUCAGCAAAAACGCUUUGAGGGACGAUGUUGUCAAGGCGAUCAUUAAGUGUGUUGGUCGCCAGGUUACGUUGCUGAACGUUCAGCGAGGACGUACUUGUUAGUUGGGUACUGUUAACGCCCACUUUAGGUAUUGCUCAUUUUGCGGAGGGGCUGCCCCAUUCAUAGGGCCAGUAGGCAGGCGAGCAAAACGCAGGAGCGGUCAAACACCAUCAGCGACGAGUGUGUGUGAGCCAAAUGAUGGUCUCUCACUGAAAACAGCAGGCCGGUAAAAACUGCGCUAUCAUUGUCAACCGUUUCGAUACCGGACACACUCUCUACCUAAACCGAAACUGUCCUCUCAGGAAUGGGAUUUGAAUGCCUUGACUGAAUAAGCUGGAGGUCCGCUCCCGUGCUAGACCUGCCGCGGAUAUAGACUUCCUACUCGCCCCUGGAUUCUCACCGCAGCCGCAGACCCGGCCACCCUACUCGGCUCAUUUAACCCAGGCUGUCCGUGGACCACUGGCUCUGGCAUCUGGACACAUCGGAACUGGUCGAUCGUCGUUGUACAAACGCAAAACGUGCCUGUGUGUGCUUUUGCUGCCUGUAUAAUGCCGACACAUUUGCGGUUCCGGAGAAGGUCAUUCCUUGGGCUUUUAUUCCUUUUUUCAUUGUCCACCUCCGCAUUGUACUUCAUCUACUCCGCCCCCGGAAUCGGUAAGUAAGAUAGAACCGAUGGUGUUAUUUUUAAUGCUCAGACGUUAGGAUGGAGAAUGCUUGUUUGUAUCAUGGGCUGUUAGGUCAUGUGUGACAGCUCGGCUUGCCAUAGGGAGUGCAGGCGGAGGAGCCAUGCGCCUCUUUGAGCCUUGAUCUCUCCAAAUCGAUGAUGAGACACGGCUGGAUGCUGAAGCUAAAUCCCAUAAUAUCCAUGUACCUGGCCGUGAUAAUUAUAGUGCUACUGAUGAGCAUUAUGACCACUGUAAUCAUGCUGAUGUAGGUAGGCCUAACAGCUAUGAUUACGUUAGUAACAACUGGUUCCACAGGCCAAAAAUGGCUUUAUUUUUGGAUCAGUUUUUGUUAUCUCUGGAGAAAUCAGAGUUGAACCCAUGUGCUAACUAUUCAAUUCACACCCUGCUUGGAUUUAUUAAUUGUUUGAAUGUUGGUGGGGCAAAAGAUCAUGCUAAGAACUGACUCAACGUCUAAACUUAUAGGUCUAAUUGAUAUUUGUGAAGGCAAUCUGAGCAUAGGCUUUUCCAAAGAUAUCUAGCAAACAAAUCCUUCCUAACACCAUUAGCUGCCUGUAAGUCACAUGUAAUUGUGUAAUAUUCCAUGACUUGAAUCCUUCCUAUCAUUUAUUAAUCAACAUGUCACAUCCUCCCCUCCCUUGCUUUUCUUCUGUCACCCUUUGUCUCUCUCAUGGAAUAUGUGAGUGGACUCAGGUAUCACAUAAAUAUUCUUGGGUGUCUUUGGUUUUACCUACCUUGUCUUGGAGGGCCUUGAGCUUAAGCCAUGAUCCACUUGUCCUACCAGCCCUAUAAUUAGGGCCUGCUAUUUUAGUCAUUAUCACCCAUGUGAUGUCCAAACAUCAUUUACUUUAUUGUAGCUAAUCGGCCAGAGCUGAUCUGCAAGCACAGCACUUAUUGUCAGAUUCGGACUUUCACCUGAGUCUGUCCUUGACUCUGUGCCAACCAGAUGUGCUAUAACCUAGCUUGGGGCAGAUUUAGGAACUUGAUGAAUGUGCAUAUGGGCAGCAUUACAAUGGUUUCUUUUAUUAUUUGGUCUGGGGCAAAGGUAGGGGAAAGUCCACAAGGAAAUAUUUAAGGUGCAGUUGGCAACUUGGGCUUUUUCCUGGUUACAGCUGAAGCCAGGGUUGAUUGGAUAUUCUGCUGUGCGUGCUGAACAGGCGUCCUUGGCAAUGUUUGGCUGUCUUAACUUGGCUGUAAUUAAAACAGUGUACACCAAGAGACAUGGAUCAUGAAUUAGUCCCAGCCCAAACACUAUUUGGAGAUUGUUUACGACAGAAAAAGUUAAAUUUCCUAGAUUUUUAGAGAACACUGGUAUGGGCCCUCAACUGCCAGAAAUAAAAAGAGCCGUCCGGGUGGGUUCACCUGGUGAUGGACUGUCAGUAACAUAGUGUUCAUGUCGUACUUGUGAACCCGUCUUAAAACAUCAAAGACUAUGCUGGUCCUUCUUACUCAUCAAAAUGGAUAUUGAUCCAUUCACGCUUUUUACCUGCAGUAGACAAGUUAAUCAAUAACUGAAUCAAUUCUUAUAUGGAGGCACAUUACUGACAGAAAUAGCCUGCGUAAGUCACAAUAACAGAAAGCAAUGAUUCCUCCAAAUGGGAAACAAAUAAAUAUAGAUCGUUGCACAAGAAGGGCAAAAAUAAUCCGUCUCUCACUUGGUCACUGUUUUUCUAGCUCUAGUAUUGAUGGCAUUCCCCUGGUAACUGACUGAAAGCAGCACUCCCAGGCCUUAUACAUCUUCCUGAGUGUAGACUUUGGUGGGGCUGUAAUGGCCACAUGGUUUUACUGGGGGUUAGUUGAGCAACAGAACAAGGACCAGCAGCACCAGUCCAUUAAUUAUAGAUCUGACCAGAAGCCUGGCUGCCUCUGUUACUAAAAGCUACAGUUUAGUCUUUUACACUAGGGGUGCCUGAUGGUGGAAAGAAAGCCAGAUGGGGAUUGAAGGAUGGCGCUUAAAGGGAAAAGUGUACCUUUUUUUGAUCUGGCUGUAUGAUUUAAUUACUGGGAGACUGAUGGGUUGAUAUUAGCCAAGUAUUGUUUUUUUUUUUUUUAAUCCUGUGGUCAGAUAUGCAUCAGUGCACCACAGCUUAGAAGCCCUCAUUAGAGAUAAACAGCAGCAAAUGUGGUCAGUUUACAAAGUCAAACCACAACACAGCAUUAGCAUUUGAAUUAACCACCUCCGACAAAAGCAGCCCUUAAGGGUUGAAUCUCCUCUCACACUUCUCACUGUACUAAACAUAUUCAGCAAAGAAAAUAGAUCCACACGGUUCCCUUAUUCUUUGAUUUUUAGAGGAAAAUUACGCAUUACAAGAUGCUGUUUGCUGCGCUCCGAAGGGCUGUUUAGUUCCAUUUCAGCUGCUGUUUCCUUUCAUCUGGAAAACUGCAGUCGUAUUGGGAGAACCUCUACACGGUUUUAGGCUGCGCUAAUGUGUAUGCAUCAGUUUUUAUCUUCACUGAGCUGCUGUAACAACCAGACUGUAUGUCUGAAAAUGUGCACUCUCCCUUUAAGAGCAGGUGCAAACACAAGUCAUGUCAGAAGGAGCUUCAGAUAUGCCAGUAAAUCCUGCCCAUCAUUUUCCUACUCCCUAAAUAAUCACAACAGGAAUGUGUAUGAAUUUAGCAUCAUGCUCUUUAAUUGCUUAACAAUUUUAAACAUGUGUAAGAUUAUUAAAUCAACAACAAAAUCUUCAGUUUGAGCUCAUCACUUGCAUCAAAUGUUAUGAAAAAUGUCGUCAGAUAGGGAUCUUUGAAACCACGUGUAUUAUGAUGGUAACUUAUGUAAUGUGUUAAGAGUUAGCAGAAUAGUUUAGAUUAAAAAGAGGAGGGAGAAGGUGUAAGAGGGCGAGAGGGGGAAAGGCAGAGGGAAAUAAAAGAGGAUGAAUGAAAGCGAUGAGCUGAGCUUCUUUCCUUCUGCUGGUUUGCACAUUGGGGAACCCAUUCAGCACACCUGAGCAGGGCUUCCUAUGAUACCCAGGUGGCCUUAGUGCAGAAUGCCCCAUUUUCACAACCUGGUCCAUUUCGUUUGGUCUGAUUCUUUUUUUAUCUGUGCCUCUCUCUACCUCUGAUUCUCUGUCCUCAUGUACUCAUAUGCCCCGACACCCCAACUUUUAUGUUGCCCCCGAGCAUGGCUGUGGACUGAUGCAGGCUGGGAAUGUAAGGCACAGCUGAGCCUGAUUGCAGCAGUUUAUUUAAUUAAAACAUGAGAAGAUCCCACUGGAGCAAGAGCUAGGGAAGACACAGGCUCUAUUUAUAGGUUUGAGCACAGAUGCACACACUCAUACACACACCUCCACAUCCGGGGAGAGCAAAGAAGACAGGUGCUUCCCUUUGCCUUUGGAGGCCAAGCUCAAUCUCCCAUCUGAGUGGCUGUAUGUGUGUGUGGAUGUGUAUGUGUGUGGGUGUGUCUGUGUAGGCACGUGUAAAGCUUACAUUUAUUUGUCUUUGUAGGAUAACACAUUUGAGCAGGAACCAGAUUUAUAUGGAGGUGUGCCCUGUUGAUAGUGUUGACAGUGACUCCCAGGUAUACAGUACUGUUGUUAUCCAUCCACUCAGCUUUGAAGAGGCAUAUUACUGGAAGUAGUAGUUAAUCAGUAAUGUUUCUUUUUCAAAGCCGAUAAUUUGUUCCUAGGUCAGCCAAUAAGCACCAUAUAUAAUUCUGAUAUCUCCCUGUUAUUGCUUUUCCUUAUUGCAUUUGAUUUAAUACAAAAGUUGAUGGUAAAAAACUGAUAGGAUGCAAAUUGCAGAACUUGAACAAACAUUGUGGUCUUCCCUGGUGUUGGCUAAGUAAAAUAUCACCAAAAGGGACUUCUGGAUUUCUGUCAAGCCAUCUGUAAUAAUUUAAAUAGAAAAAAAUAAAUACUCUGGUGUUGUCAUUUGUGACUGAGAAAAUUCAGACACAUAUUUAGUAUAAGAUUAACGUUAUAAUAAAAGCACAGGGUUAAAAACUAUUGUUUUCACCACCUUCCCAACAUUGCUGGACAGAGGCCACAGAUGAGGCUCCCUGCACUGUCUGCAGACAUGUUUUUUUAAAAGAUUUAUUUUAGUGCAUUUUGUCUAUAUUUGGAGAGAAUAGGAAAGCAGCUAGAGAAGGAAUAGGGAGAUGCAGGAAAGGAGCCACAGACUGGAAGCAAACCUAUGGCGACCAUUCAAGGCUUAACCUAUUUGUAUGGGAUGCACACAUAGACGCUAGGCUGGCGGCUGUGUUAUAAUUAUUAUCUUUUGACCAAUUAACCGCUCUACCUGUUAUUUGAAGUAAGGCUUUGCAGAGUUGCGGCUUUGACCUGACAUAGUCAAACAUUCCCACACAGCAGGAACAACUUAGUUUUUUGUGAACUAGGUAAUGACAUGUUUGCCUUUGAUUUGUCCUCACCUUUAUAGCUUCUUUUUAAUUUAUGGAGUCCUGCACGUGUCUCAUCUAAAGAGUUAGCCUUUUCCAAGAACACUGGUGGUGAAGGCGCAACCUGCCCGUAAAUAACCAUCUCAGUGCCAAAUGAUAGCCAAAGCCUUGAGCUGUAAACACACCUUUUGCUUCUACACCCAGGGAAUAAUUGCAGAUCUGUGGCUGUCGUGUCUUUGUGUUGGUCUGCUUUAUCAGCACGCAUCAUUAUGUUAAUAAGUAGCCUGUCAUAAACCCAUCACUGCUGCACACUGUGGUUGACGCAGGCAAAGGUGUGAAUGCUUGCUGGUGUGAACUAGGCCAACAAGACUUGGUGGCACGAAGUGGCUGGAAUAUUUUUUUUUUUAAAACUAAUACUUAAAAUUGUAAAGACACCUGAAAUAUGUAUCUUAAUUUAAAAUUUAAAUAAAGCUUUCCUAAGUUGGCUGAUUUGCAACCUACUCUAGAAAUACAUGUGAACUUCGACUAAUAAGCUAUCCCACUAAACAAUCUGUGUUUUACAACAGGCUAGAUCUGACGUCCUCUUUCCCACUGAAAAAUAAACAGAAAAGCUGGAGCAUGAUUUACAUCCCAAUUUGGGUAUCUUGAGACAGUCUCUGGUGACAUAUAUUAUCAAGGUUGACAAAGGCUCUGUAACAUUUAAAAGAAAAUUAAAUCCUAUUCUUCAUUUUCUCCCCUGACACCUGCUAAUGUCAUGUCAUGUAGCAUUGUGUUUGACUGUUUAUUUUGUUACACCCUUUUUUAUUGCAUCUCUCUGCAAGUUCGUAAAGCACUGAAGCUUUUUGAGAGAAAUAUGAAUGUUGAAGCCUCACUAUAUGUGCAAUUCUCUAAAAAACAUAGUCCAGUCCAUGUUCUCUAUUUCAAACUGGUGUUGUAUAGCUCCGUAAUAGUGUUCUCUCCCUACUGCCUAACAGGUUAGCUCAUGAACCAUGUUGUAUUGACAGUUGCUACAUUCCCUUUCAUUGCCUUAAAGGCAGACAUAUCAUUGACCACUUCUCUCAGCCAUAAUGGCACUGUACCUUUUAUACUCACUUCCUCAGUCUCACAACAGUGUUUGCAGAGAGCUUUUUUUUCCCAGGGCAGAUUUUAGAUUUCCUCUGUUCACUCCCACCAAGCUGUGUGCACAUGUACACAUACUGUAGAGGACUGCCCACCUACUUCUUUGUCUGUCUGUUUAUGCAGCCAUUCCCCACAAAGCUGACUUCACAGUGUAACACCGAGUGGCUGCCUUCCACCGGGGGACAUUUGAAUCCUAAUUUGAGUAUAAACUGGCAUUUGUAAAGAUCAAGGGGUCAUCUUGGGGCUGUUUGGUGUGUUGCAUCAGAAGGCAAAGAAAAAGUGGCUUGCUCUUGGCUUUCAUCUCUGUUUGUGAUACCAAUGUUUGGAUGCUUACCUGCUCCACCGGUCUGCGUAUUUAGGAUGAAUCAUUAACUUUAUCUAGGUGGAGGAUGGAGUUUAACUUCUUGAGUUUGUGCCUAUCUUGCGGGAUGGGCCACUUCAAUGCACAAAGUCUGAAGAGUGAUUGUCAUUGCUCUCUUUUACACCACUAGUGAACACCAAACCAAAUCAUACCUACUUCCAAGUCUUGUAAAGUUAAUUACUUCACAAGUUAAGGGGCACUUAGAUUUAUUGCAGAGUUUUUGGUAACUAUAGAGCUUGAAACCGUGAUAACCAGACACGCCUCACUUGCGGGCGUCUGACUUUUAUCUGAAUCUGUUUGGAAGAAAUGAGAUGAGAUGUUUUUUCCGAUGGCACAGUUUCGGUUCUACCACAAAAGGUUAGCUUAGGUUAUGCUUAGCGGUCAACUUUGCUUGCAGGCUGGUGGCUUUUUUUAUAAGCACUUGGUAGCUUUACUGGCAUUUACAGCAAUCCAACCCUGGGUCUCAGGGCACAUUGUACAGCUACCCCCACCCCACCUUCCCCUCUACUGCCUAAUUGAUCCAUCCAUUUAGCUCGAUCCAGCCAGCCUCUUAAGGCUAAUUUCCAGGGACUGGAUAGCAGGAGUAAAAUAUUAACUUGGUGCCAAGCUGCCUUCCAUGGACUCCAUUGUGAAUAACCAAGCAAGCUACAUACUGAUAAAUUAUGCAGCUUCUGCUCAAAGUCCAUAGUUCUUACAGCUAUUUGAAACUCAAACAUCCACAGUUUAGUAAUAAUUAAUAAAACUCUAUGAAAUCAAAAUGGUGGAAGAACAGAGAGCCGGACACACGGCAGCUCUAUCACUGGAAUUCCUGAAGCACUAAAGGUUUUGCGUUUGACAUUUUCACUCCAGUUGCCAUGGUUCCCAAGAGGGCUUGUUCCCAUCAGGGACUGACUCCUUUUUCAUUGUCACGGCAACCACAGAAACAUGCCAUCCUUGUUCCCAUGAUGACCAGUGUGACAACAAAUCCCCAAAGAUACAGUCAUUUGGGACAGAGCCAUGGACUGUGUCUUUGUCUGGAACAUCUGUACACUGUAAAGAGGGACCCUUAAGUUAAAGUCAUCGCAGGUUAUAUAAAUACCUCAAGAUAUGGUCAGGUUAUUCUUGCACUUCACCCCAGGGUGACGCCGGCGCCAUUACUCUAAUAAACAUUUCAAAACUGUUAGUUCUGCUUCCGUCUAGACAUUUCAAACUCGUGUAAAUCUGCCUGCUGUGGUGGUCUGUUACCUCCCCACACAGUCCAAGGACAUGUGACGCUAAAUACUCCAUUAACAAAGGAAUUUAGUUAAACAUCAAUAGAGAGGGAGUUCAUUGCACCUUGUGAGUAAGUCAGAGGCAUGAACAAUCCUCUUAUAGCCUCCAAUUGACCGUGUGACACCCUUCCCGCUAUUCCCAAUCUGAAACACAUAUCUACCCUGUGCUCCAAGCAUGGUUUACUGGAAUAUGCAGACUUCCUGAGAAGAGAAACGUUUAUGCAACUGCUUGAAUGAGACUCAAAAAAGUAAAAACAGUCUUUUCUCUCUGGUUGGAAAUGACAAAAGAAACUAAACUGUGAGGUUCAGCACCUAUUUUUACAAAAGAAACCACCAGAUUGUUUUGAGAUAACUCAGUUUCAAUUCAUUCGAACACACAGCCACAAAAGAUCAGUCUGACUCAAGAACAUCUUGUCCAUCAAGGAUCUGUUUUUAGCAGAUAACUCAAAGCUGUUGCUGACGAUGUUCUUUGAUUAGUUAAACUUUAUUGGAGUCAUAUGAGUAUGAACAAAAUAACUUUAUUUGAGCUCCACAGUCAACAGAGAUAGUACUUUGUGCCUUUUUAAAACAGCCAGCCCAUGCAGCUUCAAAUACAUUUAUUGAACUAACUAAAAGACUUUGCUCUUUGGGUCCCUUGACUACACAGUCUUUCAGUGAGGCGUACCCAGCUUUGUUUAUAGAAUAUACUUCUGAUUUAUUGAUUCAGCCUUUUCUUUUAGUUACAUAAGCAUCUCUUUGUAGAAAACUCUCCACACCUUAGAGGGUGAUCGAAGAGCAUGAAGUUGUUGAAGGACUUCAAAGUUCUUAUGUCACUGCUUUUUUGACUGUUUAGAUAGUCAGCCAAGAUCACAUUUACACAUAUUUACAUAUUCCUCUUGCUAUUCUUAACCCUACCAAUUUGAUUACUCUAAGGAAUGCAUUAUAUGUUCUGUGACUAAGUUCUGUGUGGACUGUAGGGCAACUUGUAUAUCUUAGUUUGGCAAUCUGCUGAUAAUGUAGGCCAACAGCUAUACUCUGCAUGUGGAGAAGUAGUUUUUACUUCCUGCAUAUGUUUAAAAGCAGAGUAUCGUAUCUUCACUGUGUGUGAAAUCAUCAGCCUCGACGUGUAACUGUAUACGUAAAGCCACACCCUUCCUGAUUGUAAGUUUUUAUUCUGGUUAUUUAACCCCGCUACAGUCCAUUUGCCCUGCCUGUAGGAGGACAUUACAGCCAGGGAUGAUCACUACUCCCAUUGUAACUGUAGUCUUAUGUCUUAUACUCCUGUUUGUAAGAUGACCCAUGCCAAGCCCCUUUAGUGUGGAUAUUUGACCACAGACAGAUGGUGGAGCAGAGUGCAGUGGCGUGAGGGGGGCUGGAGGUGUACCAGAGGAUGGAUGAAGAGCCGUGAGUCAUUUCAGAGGCAGACUGAAGGUCUUGUGUUGAGGCGCUAAUCAUUUAUGUAACCUAAUCAUCCUGAGGAGAAUCCCCAUCUUUGUUGACCUGGUCUGGGCCUCCCUUUGUUAUAGAGACUGUUGCCAUAGUUUCACUGGUCAUGUGUUUGAGAGCCAGUCUGAACUGUUACUUGUGGUACAGCAGGGGUGAUUUCAGUGAGGUGUAAUCCAAACACAAAUGUUGGGAACAGUGUGGAUGAUGGGUGGCGUAUACUGCUGAUGGUAGGGAUAAAGAUUGUGAUGACUGGGCUGCAUUCAAGAAAAGCCUGUAUAAUCUGUCUAAACUUUACUACGGACGCCCACGGACAGCCUUUUUGUUUUCCUCUCUGACAUUCAACACUUUUUGCAUGCAUUUGCAUUAAUGAUUAUUCCUCUGAAGCCCUUUUGAAUGAUCAUAUCUGAAAGUAUUUGCAGCAGUAGAAAUAGACAGAAUCUAUGCAAACCCAUGAGAAAGAAAGAAAAAAAAAAAAAAGCAGAAACUCUUCAUGAUUGGCCUUCACGUCCACAGCAGGUAUUAUAUCUCCAAAGGGAAUAUAAUAGAUUAUCCUGCUAAUCCUUGUUAAUUAACACCUGGCUGCAGCGACUUGAAUUGUAUAGCUUUCAAACAUCCCAGACAGUAUCCGAAUUGAUGUUGUUACAAUGGAGUUAUACCGCCAGUAAUGUGGAAACACAAGCAAGCCUGCGAACAAUUGGUUUGAAGAGAGAAAUGCAGCCAGGCUGGAAUGGAAAAUAAUCCAUCCGUCAUGUUUUUACUGAGUGAAAAGAAACAAAUGUUAGGGGUGGAUGUGUUGCUACAGGUGCUCGUGCAAUGAAAACACACAAAGAAAUAAGUCCAGGAAGAAAGUAAAAUGCUUCUUUGAGGAAGGAUUGUUUUAUCACUUGGAUCUUAUUACCUGUUGUGUUUGUCUGAGAUAAAAACAAAAGCUUACAUCUAUUCAACCUGCCAGUAGGUUGUUGCUGUAUAAUAGUGCACCCUAUAACCUGCCAUCCCCUCGGGUUUCUAGAUCAACAACUUAUGUUGGCCAUGGCAGCAAAUACAAACAGUCAGCACGGAAAUUACGUAGGAGCUUCAUUAAAAACAUCUACUAAUAAAACCUCAGGGGGGGGCAGCGUAGUCUAUAUGACAAAGCGCAGCAGAGGAGCUUAUUUACAUCCCAUGUAUAAGUGUGCAAAGUCACCGAAUGAUUCUAAUGAAGCAACAAUUAUGACGUACUCGAGUUCAGCGUAUGACAUUUGAUGAAAGAUGGUGAAAUACUCAGUGUAGAGAUCAUAUAGUAGAUUGUUAGGUAGAGUCAGUGCUGCAAAAAUUUAGUUUUGAGGUUGGAAACUUUCGCACCCACAAUGAGUUGGUUUCUCUGUGCAGUUUUUGUUUAUGUUGAGUUCCGAGAGAAGCAGCCAUGUGGUCAGGAUUCACAUUGACAUAAAUAAAUUGGUUUGCAGCGUCAAUCUAAAAUUCUUAUAUCAAUUCAACACUACUCUAAGUUGUUUACCUCACCCUCAGUGCAUUAAGCAACAAAUUCAGUGCUUAUCAUGAAAUAUUAAGCAACUGCAGCUACCGUCCCUGUGCAAUUUCUUAAUGUUUUCCAAUGAAGAUGUUUACGACAUGUAGUUCAACAUGAUGCAUUAAAAUUGUCCUCGUGUUUUCUCAAGGUGUGUCGUAUGGCUAAUAUUGCUGUAGUGAAGCAGAACAGGAUUUUAAUUUAUCCCUGGCAUGGCAAGCGAGAUUAUCUACUGUCUUGCAAUGCUUUAUAGGUGUACCUGAAAUUACGCUGUAGUGCGCAACUUCUGUUACAGAGUGGUGUUACAGGAGCAUUAUGGUCUUUGCAGAGAAUUAGAUGUAGAAAUCCAUAGGGAAGGGCAUGUGUGGUUUUUCUGCAUCUUGCCCAAGCGUACGUAGCUACUGUGACAGCGUGGUGUUCUAGCUGCGUGCCCUGGCCCAUUUGUUCAGUCAAUAGGAGUAACCUCCAGCUGUGAAGAGACCUCAUCUUUCUACAGGGAGGGAGAGGUGUGGUGGGGGGUUGUGGGAAAAUAGAGCAAGCAGGAAAAAAUAGGUGGGAUGGUGCAUGUGAAUGUGUGUGAGAAGAAGGGCAUUACACGCCCAUGUGUGUUUGUGCGCAUACGAGUACCUGUCUGCGUAUGACUUCUGUACUCCGAGUACAAUGUCCCACUGCAAUAACACAAGAAUGCCCUGGACAGCUGCCAAACAUAAAGGCAGGAGGAAAUGGGCUGGCAGAGGGGAGCGGAGGGGGUAGUACUGCAGGAAUGAAUUACUGCACGCCAGCCUGGUCGUAUCAACGCCAGGACGCUCUCACUUACUGUGACCGCUGACAUUGAGACAUAGCUGGAUGGAAGAUUGUGUGUUUCAGGGGCGUUAGUCGGUUACAACCAGAGUUUGCGUGCACAAGUCAUUAGGUAAUAUCAAAAUUACAGUUGUUGCAGCCAGAAGUUGUGAAAAAAGAUGCAACAGGGUGUGGUUAGGAGUUUUUUAGGUAAGUGAGCGACAGUGAAAAGAUGCAGAGGACAUAUGGAGGGAAAGACAGCGAAGUGGAUCUUGAGUUGAUUUAUUGGCCCGCAGUGUGGUUGCAUUUGGCAGGAGCUGAGUUAAAGGGUGAUGAAACCUGCAGUUUCAGUCCUUUCUCUGUUCUCAUAAAAGAAUGCAAUCAAAUAGGCAUAGUGAACAGCAGUGGACAAGGAGACAAAGGAGGAGAGAGGGGAAAGUCAUCAUCACAUGGGAGGACACUCACUAAUAGUCUCCGGUCCUCACUGACAUUCAGCUCUCUAAGGGCCCUUAAAAUUGAAAUAUGUACUAACAUAUUUUUAACCAGAGUUCGAAAGAUUAUAAGAAAUACUACACAUAAAAUCUGUCUUGUUCAUCACUAGAGUUUGUAGCACGUAGGAACACAUUACUCACUCAUUCAUGAUAAAAUUGAGCAGACAGAGUCCUCCCAGCAUGUGGAAGUGAAACUGUAUCCGCAGACUUGAGGGAAGUGAAGUCAUGAAAUUCUGAAUCUACAUAUUUUCUUUCCUAACACGAGGGCACAUGAGCCCCGGAAAUCCUGCAAAUGGCACCAAGAUUGUAAAUUGUCCUUUUUUUGUUUCUUACAUUUUGAAAAUAUUUGUUGUCUGUACUGUUUUUAGAAGAUGUGGGACUUCUUACCAGGGUUGACGUCUCUGUCUUUACUCACACAACUUUCUUGGUGUUUUGUACCCUUUGUUCUUGGCUCCCGUCUAUUUACCAUUUCCUUUCAGACCAAAAGUUGGUCUAACUGCCUAACCCCAGAUACCAUCUUAUCUACACACGCUGCAGCAGAACAACAAAAAAAAAUGUAUAAAAAGAAAGUGUUUACUAAGAAAAAGAAGUGUCUUCCUCACACUAACACACAUGCACAUACACACAAUCUGUCAGUCUCCCACUCUCCAUCUCUCACUUUCCCUCCCUCAGAUCUGUUUUCCAGUAUUUGCCUGCAGCAGAGUGAAAACAUGGGGUCCUGGCAUCACAGAAGCGUUUAUGUAAUUCUCUUCACCACGUCUGGUCCCUUUUUUUUAUUUCUGCUGUGUAUUGGCUCUGCAGACACACUGACUCAGGGGAGGGUCACACAUGCACACAUAUGAGCGCAAAUUCAUGCACACACACACACACACAAACACACUUGGGAUAGAGGAACAGAUGGAGGGGCAGAGUGGCUAGUGCAAGACCAAAAAUGAACCCGAUCCUGACCCCAUGUUGUUCCUCCUGGCAUGUGUGUCUGACUGUGAUAUGUUAUUCUAAGAGAGGGUGUUAUCUUCUCCAGCUUCUACAUUUUCCAUUACACUUGGAGUUUCUGAUUACUCUACACAUGACAAUAUGUUAUCAGCUCCACUCGCUUUCUUCUUUAAGAGUACUCAGCUGGAAAAGUUUGCCACUCCUUACAGAGAUAAGCACAGCGCUGUGUUUUUCAGCGAAGAUAGCAACGCCGUUUCCCCCACCCGACUCGGAGUUAAUCAAUCGAUUGGUGUGAUUGAUCAACCUGGGCGCAAGAAUAUCACUGUAGGGAGGUAGGGACUGACACUAGCAGUAUACAGUACACUACAAAGAGCAGUGGAAGCAGCACGCCCGCUUCCUUUUUUUGAGACAAACUCCUGCAGCUAAAAAUAAAGAAAUAAAGCAUACAGAGAGAAGUGAUCGUUGGUUAACGAUUACAUCACAGGCCAAGGAGGAAGGUCCACAUUUUGAAACUGUUACCCUACGUUAACGCCACUUUCAGGUCUAAUAAAAGAUGGUUUACUUUCACUGUUCUUCUUUUGAUCUGCUGAGGUUUACAGGAAAGCUGACUCAUUAACGCAGCGUCCAACUCCCUUUUAAAAAGCCUUUAAAUAGACUUAGACACUUAUGCUUGUCCUUUAAUGAACUGUAACCACACCAAGAAUAAUGCAACAUAUUAAAUUAGCCACUAAUAGUCUGAUGACGAUACUAAUAUUCAACUGACAUUGGUGCAUCUUCAGUGCAAACCGUGUGACAGGAUAUUUGAACAGACGGUUGAGUCUUUUCAAAGUGCAGAGCAUCCCUCGAUUCAGUUUAGUUACCGCAAGCUGCCAGUUACUUGCUUGAGUUCCUCUGAAGUCAAAGGCUUUUGUCAGUCCAAGGAAAUGUUUACCACAAGUUGAGUUGCAAAGCUUUUCACUGUUUUCAUUUCAAUUUUGUCGAACAGGGUUUGUUGAGGAAGCUUAAGCAAGACUUCAGUCCCUUUUUUUCAGCCCUUUGUUGUGCCAUCACAGGACUCACAGGAGUCUUUUUUAACUGUCCUGAAUUGCUUCCUCUUUCGCUGGUGUUCAAAAAGAAAAAGAAAAAAAAAACCUUCUUUAACCUCCACUUACUCAAGAGUUUUAUUUUGGUUGCUGUCACUUCGCAGUGACACAAUGCAACCGAACUGUCAUCUGAGAGUGUUUUUCAAAGCACACACAGACUUGCGUCAGUGUUGCUUCUGUAGGCUCAUUCUGACCUCUGACAGAGGAGGGGUUGAAGAAUGUGACUGUAGAUUAUGUAAUCUCUAGGAUCUGAAAAUCACACCCUUGGAUGCUGAUAUGAGCCUAAUGGAAAUGUAGUAUCUGUGUGUGUUAAGAGGGUGUGUAUGGUUUGUGGGUGGAGGCAUUAGAAAGUCAUGCAGUGAUGAAGAGCAGCUCGCAGCAAGUUAUAGAGCUAAAUGAGAUGCUACUUUGAGUCAUGGAGGGAGAAAGUCCCUAGAAGUUGUUGAAGAUAGUCUGCACUGUGUGUUUUUUUCUUUUUCUCAUGCUUGAUUGCAUAAAAUAAGAUCUCACUUUUGCCAGACACACAGGAAAUGAAGAAGUUUCAGUCUUGUAUGAGUGGUAGUUUCACUGACGUUACAGUAAAGGUUUUCUCGUCUGAACAAAAAAAAAGAAAAAAGAAAAAAAAACAAAAAACAAAGAAAAAAUCCCAAGAAUCCCAGAUGUUUUCCUCAGACAUUUUUCCUAAGAACCAGUCUUUGUUUCCACUCAGAGGCAGAUGUUUAAUCCCAGUGCAUGAUAAAAGGAGAAGCCUCGAAGAGUGAUAUUUAGGAGAUGUUUUGACAUAUGAAUGAAUGAAUGAAUGAAUGAAUGAUGAAUAAUGAAACGCACUGGGCCAGUGGAAGUGGGAAGUGAAGAGGAAAGGAGUGGUGGUGUGAGUUGGUCAGAUGCUUUCAGGAAGUGGGCACAAAGCCAGUGACUGUGAUAAGCGCUGACGUCAUUUCUUGUUGCGGUAAAUGAAGAGUACUCCGUCAAAGAGACAUCUGCUCUGGGAAUCUUGUUUUUCAUCCUUUUCUUUUCCCUUUUUUUUAAUCUGCCAGCCGUGGAUUCUUGUUUUGUUUUUUUUUUUACUUUUGACUGUAAGCCAGCCAAUCUGUUUUAUAUCUAUGUCCCCUGGUCAGAUCAAAUAUCCAAGUUUUUUGAAGUUUUCCUGGUGUGCACAUGAUGAGCACGAUGCGUAAUGCAGUCCCGGCAGUCAGUUUUUCUGUCAUUGUAAUUCUACUCACACACACACACACACACACACAUAUACACACACCAAGCUUGGGCGGGGUGUGAAGGGGGCUGUGCUUGGUGCAGCUGUGUGGUUUGUAGGAAGCCUCAUGAUCCACUUAUGACUGAGAGCCAUGUGACCAGAUCUUGCUCUGGACAUUUAUUGUCCUCACUAUCAGCUGCAACUGCUGGUGCUCAUGUUUCUGUUCGCUGUCAACCACGGAAACAGACGGUCAGAGCACAGUUACAUUUUUGUCCAAUGAAUCUGAACUUUUGUCAAGGCUUCAGUAUUUGGUUUGGUUCUCACCUCCCCUUCCUCCUUACUGUGAUAAAGCGAGGCCCUGACAGCCGAGCCCUUCCACUCCUUACUCUACCAAUAAGUCAACCUGUGGAUAGCAUGUGUAACCCUCCCUUAAAGUAAUUGGGUGUGUAUCGCAUGACAAACAGAGAACAAGAGACUUUCUAUAGGGUGUCGAAAUUGUCUGCUAUUGGUGCAAAGCAAAACAGGUGUAACAGGGAUGUAUAUAUAUAUAUACAUGUAUACAUACAUAUACAUGUACAUUACAGUGUUGUUGUUUCAGUCAAGGUUUCGGUUACAGUAACAAUGCAGAAAAAAUCUCUCACGCGAUUCUCUUGAAUGACAUUUCAAUGUUGAUUUUAGAUCAUAGAUGGGCGAAAUAUGUUCCAUGACAACUUUCGCACCUAAUUCAGUUAUCCAUAAAGUAAAAUUAACAAUCUUUUUUAAAAAUUCAAAGACCUAGUAGAUUACAUCAUGUAAUAAAUCAUGUACAAAGCCAAAAACCUAGCCUUACCGCAACAUGUCCAAAACCUGUGUAAACUGAGGGACCUGAAUUACAACCUAAGACGCUGUGUAUUAUUUGAGAAACCGAAAGCACGAACAAAUGUCAAAAUUUUUUCUGUGUGUGUAAAAGAGGUGAAAAUAUGCAACGACUGUCCGGUAGAAAUUAGAGAAUGUAGUACUUUUGUAAGCUUUAAGAGACUUUACAAGAAUAAUGUUAUUUCUCAAUAUUGUAGAGAAAUUUAUGUCUGUUGAUUUAUAGUAAAUUAUUCAUGUAAAGCAGUGGUUCUCAAGCCCACUGUCCUGCAUGUUUUGGAUGUUUCUGUCCUGAUUCAAAUGAUCAGCUCGUUAUCAAGCUCUGUAAUGGCUUAAUAGCGAGCUGAUCAUUUGAAUCAGGUGUGUUGGAGCAGGGAAACAUCCAAAACAUACAGGACAGUGGGCCUUGAGGACUGGACUUGAGAACCACUGACGUAAAGUGUAAAGCAUGUACAUUACUCUAUCUGUUUUGAGGAGUGAAUAUAUAUUGAAGUGUUGGUAUUUGUAUAAAGAGUGUAUCUGUAUAAUGUACUUGAUGUGUGGUAUAAAAGGUAGGUCUUCAUAAGCAUUGCUUUUGCUUACACCCUUUCAGUCAUAUUAUACAGAAAUAAAAUAAAUCCAAAUCCAAUCAGUUUGAAGCGCAAAAAAGUUAUUCUUAACUAAACUUUUCUGUAAUGGUCUUACUAUACUCCUCACAAAACACUUCUCUCUGUGAAAAGCAGAUGCUAUCUGCUCAAUAAUUCCUGUAUAGCCGGUGAUCUGGGUUAAGCAACUUCCAGCCAGGACGUCCUGUUUCGUGUGGUGUAACAUACAAGAGGCAGGUAGUGAAACAGAAGCUUUAGUCUUGCUUGGUUUGGCUGUGAGGCCCAAAUAAAAGCCCCUUUUUUUGUUGUGGUUUACUUUUGUUAAACAGGGCCUCAAAUUUGCAGAAGUAGCAACGUCAUGAUGCAAAUUUGUAAAAUAUGAAACACCUAAACUUGUCAAGUCCGUCCUUGAGAGGAAUAAAAAACAGCCCUCACUGUGCUUUGUCUGUUGCAGGUGAUGAAACCCAAAUACUGAAUGGUUAGGGUAGAUUUAUCACUUCAUUAAGAGUUUGUGAUCUGAAACACUUCAUUGUCUUUUAAAGAGAUAAAUCACCAUCCGAUUACCACUGGCAGGAGCCCCCAGGUCUGCUUACAACCAAAACCAGCUGAUACCUUAUUGGUCUACUAUGCAAAACUAAAAAUGUACUACAGAGACAAGAGCACAGACCCAGAAGAAAAAACUUAAGGUUAUUGACCAGAUCACUACAUAUAUUCAAUUAGAAAUCAAUUGAUCCAUGAAUUGAUCAUACAAGGUACUGUAAUAUUUUGUCCACUUUAACAAAAGGAAAACUUACCUUUUCUCUUUUCAAUUAAAUCCUUUCAAAAUAAGAGUCUCUGAAAUAGUUUCAAAUGAAUUUGAAUGAGUCUGCGUUGGCAUUUCUAUAACUGAUUCAGGACCAGUUAUACAGUAUGUCCAAUGUGAACAUGUGUAAGUGUUAGAAGUCACACAGCAAGUGUCACUUCACAGCGACCAGCGUGUUUGAACAGCCACAACCCUGUUUCUUUCCUCCCAAACCAAGAACAACAACAACUUUCUUCCUCCAUGUAGAUGCAUCUCUGGAGGUGUGCGCAGAAUAGUCCCCGUGGAAAGCUUUACACUUUGAAGCUUACAUAACCUUAAAUUACACAUGACAACAGAAACCGAUGGAAGGAAAGGGUUUGGUCGGGUCACAAGAUAUGACGAAGGGGGAAAAGGAAAGAUAAAGAAAGACAAAGAUAAGUGACAGCGAGUAAAACUAUACAUGGAUGACGGAGAUAGGAGGUUAAAAAUUCCACCUUAGAGAGCAGCUAUUUCUUUUUCCAUGACAGAUAAACUGAGGACUUUAGUUGGUGUGGGUCCCCUCUUUCUCUCUGUCAACUUAAAAUAUUGGAGGGAGGACAUUUCAAUCGCUGUGGCCUAAACUGUCGUGUGAAAACCAUCUAAUCUGCAACUCAAAUAUCUUUUAUUACAAGAGCUGACUUCUGGUGUAGAUUUUAAAAAAUAGUGUUAUUUGUGCUACAAUAGCAAGAGAAAAUAGUGGGUUUUGAAAAUACUACUCUGUGUGUUUGUGUGAACAAAAGGGUAAUUGUGUUUUUUUGGGUGAUUGAUGGAGGCAAACAGGAUGCGGCUGUUGUUAUCUCUGUGUGGGUGUACAUGUCACACUUACUGGCUGACCUUCUUUCCCGAACAUGAAGCACAAAAAUCAGAAUGAACUCUGAACUUGAACGACAAAUUACAAGACCUCAAAAACACACAAAAGUGGGAUUUUUAGAAGUGUUUGGAUUUUCAGUCGGAUAAUAUGAAUGAUUGAGACUCUGGAAAGUUUGUUGUCCUUGUGCUCCUAGAUCUGUCCGCUGCAUUUGACACUGUUGACCACAGCAUUUUAAUCUCUCGCCUGGAGCACUGUGUGGGCAUUAAGAGUGUCGCCCUGGACUGGUUCCGGUCUUAUUUAAGGGACAGAAGUUUCUGUGUUCAAAUUGAAAACUCUGCAUCCUCAACAGCUCCUCUUCCACAUGGGGUCCCCCAAGGCUUAAUCCUCGGCCCUCUUUUAUUUGCCUUUUAUUUACUCCCGCUUGGUUCUGUUUUUAGGAAACACGGCAUCUCCUUUCAUUUUUAUGCUGAUGAUUGUCAGAUCUAUCUUCCACUGGCACAGAACAACUCCAACUCAGUCCAACAACUCACUGACUGCCUUAAGGACAUUAAAGCCUGGCUUUCUUUUAACUUCCUCAGUCUAAAUGAGAACAAGACUGAGGUAAUGUUGUUUGGACCAAGUGGCGGCCACCCCCCCAACAUCGACCUAGGCUCCCUCUCACCCUACCUAAAAGAGGUCAUCACUAAUCUGGGAGUUAAAUUUGACCCUGAUUUUAAAUUUGAGAAGCAGAUCAGCGGAGUGGUACAAAAAAGUUUUUAUCAGCUACGUCAAAUAGCGAAGGUGAAGCCCAUUUUAUCAAGACCUGACCUGGAAAAAUUAAUCCAUGCUUUUAUAACUACCCGUCUUGAUUACUGCAACUCCUUGUACGUAGGGAUUAGCCAGGCUUCCCUUGCCCGCCUGCAGCUUGUGCAGAACUCUGCUGCACGUCUCCUGACACAGACCCGCAGGCGUGAGCACAUCACCCCCAUCCUGGCGUCCUUACACUGGCUCCCUGUUCAGUACAGAAUUCAUUUUAAGCUUUUAGUAUUUGUUUUUAAGGGCCUGAACAACCUUGCUCCACCCUAUAUUUCGGAGAUGCUCCAGCCUCAUUGCCCACCCCGACCCCUAAGAUCAGCUGAUCAGCUUUUACUGACGGUCCCCAGUACUAGGCUGAAGCUCAGAGGGGACAGAGCGUUUGCUGCUGCUGCCCCUAAGCUCUGGAAUGAGUUGCCCUUGAAAAUUAGACAGGCCUCCUCAUUUCCUGUUUUUAAAUCCCUUUUAAAAACGCACUUUUACUCAUUGGCUUUUAGUACAUUGUAGUGUUAAUUUGUUUUUUAUCAUUUUAGCACUUGCUGUGAGCCUCCUUAUUUAUACACUUAUUUAUUCUUUUGCGUUAUUGUAUUUCUGCUUGCGUUAUCUUGUUUUUUGAUUGUUUUAUUUGUUUUUAUGUCACUGUACAGCACUUUGGCUACCCUUGUGGUUAUUUUAAAUGUGCUAUAUAAAUAAAGUUGAUUGAUUGAUUGAUUGAUUUUGUGCAGAACUAUUAUCCAAUAGUUGAUAGUUUGUGUCUUCAAAUUUGUAGUUUUGCACAGCUGAGGAUAAGGAAAGCUGAAGUUACCAGUGGACAUAUUGGGAGCAUUCCUGUGCAUGCUGUCCAUUUUAUGUUUAAUGAAAUUUAGUGACAUUUUAAUGUGAAAUGAAGCCUCUCUUAUUUUGAUAGUCUGUGAAUGAUGCUUGAUAGAGAAGGACAAAUCUCCAGAGCAGCAACAAAUCUGGAAACUCUAGGCUCUGCCAUUAGCUUGUGAAAUCCUUGAUCCUCCACUUCAGAAAAAGGUUGCUUAUCAAGUGCUGUAAAUUAAGUGAUUUUGCUUUUUCAUUCACUUUUUAAGCAAGAAAACUUUUUUUUAAACACUCACAUGUCUUUUAUGUGUGUGUGUGUGUUCCUGUGCUUUGCAUAUUGAUGGAGACACCACUGUGGAGGUAUUGAUUGGCAACAGGCUCAGAGCGUCUCAGCAUCACUUACAGAGGGUCAGAGGAGGUAAAAACACGCUCGUCCCUUUAGAUGAGAUCCAAUAAUGGUUCAGGAAGAACACAAGUGUGUUUAAAAAACUCUACUGGAAAUCUAUAAUCUCCAUCACCAUCCCAUGUUCGUCCUAAUCGAUCAAUACGCUGAAAUUGCAGUGUUUGUUGAAGCUAAUUGUGAAGGAUUUAGGGCUAAUGCUUGGAGUAAUUGGCUGUUUACUUUCCAAUAAGGUAACAGAAUGGGCCGCUAAAUCAUGUAAAGUCAAUUCAGAGUGUUACAUUGCUGAUAGUGCCAUUAAUUCAGCUUUUUGCACUGACAUAAUACAAAUUCAGCAUUCAGCGGAAAGUGAUUUAUAUGCGCCCAAAGCAGCCCACUUCCUGGAUGUCUUUAUGCAUGUACCGGUCUGUGGGUGUCACUGAUAUGCAGUGGCAGUAAAAAUGACCCUUUCAACGAGUGACAGCUUUAAAUGCUGAAAGCUACGAGUGCAUGUAUGUAUGGUGUAUCUGUGCAUGUGCAUGCACAAACCGUCUCCACUGGGAGGAGAAAAAAGCAGGCUUUCAGCUCUUAUCAGGAAGCUUGCAGAAUAGGACCAAUCACCUCCCACUGCUGAGCUAUCAAUGUGGAGUUAAUUGCCUUUUAGAGGCAAAGCAUGUUGGUGGGCUGGGGGUUGGGGGAGUUUACUGCGCAUUUCCUUUUUUUUUUUUUUAUUGCUUUUAUUAUUAUUCUUAUUAUUUUGAUUAGCUGCAGUAACAUUACAAUAGUGUGCAGAACCUGUGCUUGAAAUAGCACUGGGGCCUGCAAGGCUGCAAUCCAUCAUCUCUCAGAUUAUUUCCCUAAACGAUAGGAACAAACAUACUUGACAGAAACUGAUACAAACCACAUUAUACAGAGACAGCAGCUCUCAGAGAUGAAGAGGGACGAUAUGGAGGGGAAGGACAGAUAAUGUGGAAGGAGGGAUGCGAGACAGAGGGAAAGAGGGAGAGAGAAAGAGAGAGGUGGGCUGGACUUGGCAUGCGGACAGCGUGUUCUGUGAGCGCUAUAGAGGACAAGGUUGUUCAAGGUCUGCUGUCAUGCUUGAUGGGUUACAGUGGGGGUUUCUGAUAGGAUAAGAAACAGCGGGGGUGGGACUAGGCAGGGGUCAAAGGGAAGUUUUGUAUGCAUGAGAAGUCCCAUGCCUGUGACACAACAGAAACCUGCGUGUGCGUGUGUGCUUCAGGCCCCAUGUUUACAUGUCCAGCGCUAAUGGCCUUGUGUUGCAGCUUCCUCUGAACUCCACAUCUCUCCUGUCUAAUUGAAUUUUUCACAGUUUGUAGCCUUGAAUACCUUGGCUCUAACCAUUACUCCGCUCUCUAGAGUGCACGUUUGAAGAGAGAGAAACUGUACUCCCGGCCCUCUUCUGCUGUGUAUACAUGACGUUCACAUUCUCCAUCUUUUUUGCCGCAGCGUGUUUGAUGACCCUUGAAAGAACCUCACGUUGACCUUUUCAGAGGGAACAGAAAGAGACUUCCAGGAAUAAACUGUCUGUUUACUUCACAGACACUUCACUUGAUGGACGUAUGAAAUUCAUUCACUGCGCGAUUACAUUAUUUGGUAUCGCGAUAAUGGAAUGAAUAAAACAAACAAAUAUCAAAGCAGGUAAGAGCAGUAUGCGCAUUUGAAUAGAAAACAGCUCUAGCCUCUCCCUUUGCUACUUAAGCCCCUCCCACUAAAUAUCACACCAAACAUGCACAUGCAUUUUGCCGAGCUGGAAAGUCAAGGUUGACAACCACUGUUGCUGCAAACAGCAUGUUUUACACAGAUUGUUAUGUUGAACUCGAUGUUAUUUAAGGCAUCUUGAUUGGUGAUCAGUCUUGUCGGCCUAGAACUGCUGUCAGCUGUUAACCUUUACAGCUACCAUUAUCUGGAUCUCUCCUGGAGAGUUAUGCAGCAUCUACAUCGUUCUUGUGUCCCUUGUUUUAAAAAAAGCAUGCCUGAUGCUGACUCUCAUCUGAUCUCUCUUUUUAUUCAGGGUUCUUUUUAAAGCUUUAUAGCUUUUCUUUUAAGGCCGCCCCUCUUUUUACUUUUUUUUGCAGUCUAUGCAGAAUAAAGUCAUAUAUAGCUGGUUGAUACUAAUUGUUUAGUCUGGGAUUGGUUUGUUACAAGCAGGCUGGUUUGAUUUAGCCUGGAUGAGUUUAUAGAAAAUCUGAAAAGACGGGGACAAGCACUCAAGAACAUCAGGACAUGACUUUAAUAUUAUUAGUGACAUAUAAUGAUUAAGAAGUGUCGUUAAACCAAAAUUAUACAAUGUUAUGUUAAUGUAGGAACUAACUCUGUAUGUAAGAUCUUGCAUGUUUUAUCAAUUUGUAAUAGUGUAUUGUGUAUAUAUAUAUAUAACGUAUUGUCUCUGUGUUUUUAAACAUCUGCCUUAAGACAACGAAUUAAAUGAGUAUUUAUGUUAACUCUGGCAUAUUUACAUUGAUGCUUUUGCUGGCAUGUCAGUUAAUGUGCAUUGUCUUUAUCAAAUGAAUAAAUUAAAUGUAUAUAUAGCUCUUAUGAGUGUAGAAGCUACAACUUUUGGUUUGUUUCAGUCUGCUGUUUGUAAAUGCAAAAAGCAUCUUUCUCCACUUCUAAAUUAGCCCCAAGAUUGAUGUGAGUGUAGCAGAUCAGCAGCUCUGCUGUUGCAUUAGAAUAGUGUGAAUGCAUAGUCAUUACACUGUGAGCUACAUACACAUUAUGUAAAAUGAAUGCAUGCCGUGCAGAUUUGGGAACAAUUGCAUAUUAAUGGAAAACAUUGUUUCUGCUUAUUAUCACUUCAGACUUUUUUGGUGUGUUCAGUGCAGAUGUUCAUUUUAUGAUUAUGAUGAAGUUGUAAUUCAUCAUGCAGGCUUGACAUGCACACUGGUAUGGACUUGCAUGGACAAUAUAUCUCCAUACGUUCGGCAGAUGGAGGAGCCGCCAUCAUGUCAAAAUAUGUCAGUGCCUGCAGGACUGGAUCACACCCCAGAAGCCUUUAGCAUUUUUCCAUCAUAUGGUGCCUCAGAGGGCUGUGAGUGAAUGUGUGUGUGUGUGUGUGUGUGUGUUUGCUGUGCUACUUUUGCAUGUGUGGCAGUGACAGUGCACAGGAUCGAGUCUGUGUUCUUCCUUUUCAUCAUUACGAUUAUUAAGCAUUGCAGGUUUGCUCGAGCUGCACCGUAAUAUCUGCGUGUUGCAGAGGUGAAAUGAGAACAUUGAUUUCAGUUACCGCCCGGCCACUAGUCUCUGCAAGCCAGGCAGUUUGUAUAAAACAAGAUGAAUGUGAUGGAAACUGUAAUACAAUUACUAAUGACAAAUCACAUCCCGUAGUUUUCAAGCUCAGCAGUAUUACGCACUCAAACACUGGCAUGUACGCAGACACACAUCUCCGUGCUUUAACAGACGGGUUUAAAUUGUAUUGGGAUUGCUUUAAGAUGAAAAUGCUGAUUGGAUUAAUGGAAGGUGCGGUCGGAUUCAUAUUCACUGAAGGGGAACAUCAGUUAAGCAGCAGUGCAGGACAUUCUGCUUCAGGAUCCUGGAGUAACCGAAAAUUGAUUCCUGACUCUGAGAAAAAUCAACCUUGUCUGUUAUAUGCAGUAAAUGGACAGCAUACAGCCAUUUCCUGCUCUGAACCAAACUCAUGCAAGUGCACGCUCUUGACCGAUGCUAUAGCGUGCAAAAGCGUUGUGGAAAUUCAGUACAAAACCACAUCUCCGCUCUACACUCCCACUGAACAACAUUCUCAUGGCAGGUAGACCUUAGUUGUGACAUUAUUCAGGUCAGACCCCAUUCUGUGGAACUUGAACUUAAGUUGCACAAUUACAAAGGUUCCCAGUAGCAACUGUCAUGCAGAUCCACCUAGCUGUUGUGAAAAGUGAUUUUUUGACACUGUAUGAGGAUGUAGGCAGGUUCUGUGAUUGUCUGUAUGUGAGCGGUGGCUUCUGUGGUUGUUGUGGACGCGUGUAAAGCAGAAAGACAUCUCUUAGAGCUUCCUCUCUGUGUGACCGCUGCACUUUCUAAGUGACUGCGGCAUAGAUAGGAAAAUGUUGGUAUCAUCGUGUGUGGAAACAAAUAAAACCAAUCGUUUAACAUUCAUUGACUGUUCUGGAGUAAGUCUGAGUUGUAAAUUCGCCCCCUGCCUUCACUCCUGUUGUAAUGGAUUAACAUUCAAACAGUUGGCUCCUAUGGAAUGAAAGCCCCUUGAUGUGUGGUUGGAAAAUCCCCUUCAUUAAGUCACCAAGGCAGAUAAUCAGUUUGGGCCAGAUCAGGUGGAAGAGUGUGCUCACACUCGAGCAGGAAUUAACGUGCUUAUCGUUGGAGGGCAUGUGCAUUGUUCUGGAGGGGGGAAAGAUGUUGGUCAUGAGUUCAAAACUUGCAAAGAUAACCUUCGCCUUUAUUUGAUCAGCAUUUGUUUGCUUUUAUGUUUCAUCAUGGGGUAUUAAGCCGCUUUUUGUCCAUUCCUACUUAUGUAUCUUGCAACCUGCUGGUUGAAAAACACUUGUGACUUUCAGCAUUUGUCCAAGAAUUAAAUGGCUUAACACUUUGUCCUUUUUUUCCCCCCUCCUCUUUUGUUCACAGUGAAUGAGUAUGUGUUCAUGGUCCAAGCCAGAGGGAUCCAGAUCAGAGAGAACGUGAAGAACAUUGGGGCUCAGGUUCUGGAGCAGGUGGUGAGAGGGGCUUACAGCAUCAAUGGUACAGGUAAGAAAAAGAAAAAGAAAAAAAAAGACGUGUUUUUCUUAGGAACAGUUUGCACAAGAAUGCAGUUUUGAUCUUGGUUCAAUAAAGAAAGUCAAGAAAAAAAAAGAGCUCAGUGUGUUUUCACAUAUGCACACAGAGAGCUAAGCUUGGCAGUAGGAAAAAAGGUGAGAAGAUUAAAGCAUCGAAACAAUCGAGAACAAAGGUGGACUCAUGCUGAUAAAGAGCGGAUUAAGCUGCUGCUGCUGAUGUUGAUACACUUAUGUGUGUGUGGCUGCAGAUUAUUCCUAUGACUUCAACAUGAGUGAGAGUGAUGCCCCUCCCACCACAUACCUCCCUGAGGACUUCACCUACCUCCCUUCUCAGGCUUGCCCUGAGAGACUGCCCUCCAUGAGUGAGUACACGGAUUUGUUUUCAAGUUUGUCUGCGACACGGGACAGCUGGUGAUGCAGUGAGACAUUAGAGACACCAAACGUCUCCUCAUUUGAACUUUUGAGACGUGGAAGUUUCUCUUAUUUGUACAAAUAGGUUUUUAAAAUGACGAAAGAUGACAGCAUUACUGAUGAUGCAUGCUAAUGUGUUGUAACAGUACGGAUAUAUACAGCAAUAUAUGCCCCAGAUGGCUAAAUAUUUCUCAUUUUGACAUGCUGUGCUCUACUUCCUCUUCCUUUUCUCUUCUCUAUACCGCUUUCAUUCCUAUCCUUGACAUGAUAUUCCUAUAAGUCACACCCCACUUCCUCUUUCUACUUAUAGUAAAUGUCAUUUAUAUGCAAACCAUUGCACUUUUUGCCUCUUUCUUUCCCACACUUAUGUCAUUUUCCGGCUAAACCAGUCUCUUCUUUCCUCCCUGUUCUCGUCUCACACAGAGGGCAGGCUGAAGGUGAAUAUGAGCGAAGUAUCUCUGGAGGAGGUGGAGAGAUCCUUGCUGGAGGGGGAGCCCAGCAUAGCCCCAGGAGGCUACUGGAAGCCCGAAGACUGUUUACCUCGUUGGAAGGUAAAUGUGGAUGUAACACAGUUGGGUCUACUGUUCUCUAAAAAGCACUGUUCAAAAUAUACUUCUGUUUUUGUACAGAGAUCUUUAGGGUGGAUUUAGAAUGAAAGUGAUCAGAGAAGUUUGGAGAUGUUACAUAAGUUAUAAAACAUGGAGUUAUGACCAGGAACAUACUGGAAAAAUAACUGAAGCUCGUUUCAAAAGGACUUCAAGUUUGUGUCAAGGCUAAAACAAACAGGAUGUGUAUUUGGAGCAUGGCGGCAGCGUUGCGUAUCAAAUUGGUUGACAUUCUAAUCAAUGCAGCAAAGCAUACAGGACGCGUAUCAGCUCCGUCGCAGCAUCGUAUCCAGAGCAGAAGUGCUUAAGAUACGCGGCGAGUCUAUUUUUGCUGCUCUACACCUCCAAUGCGCAUCAAUCCAAACAGAGAAGAUCGUUCCAGACAGGAAGUCAAGCACGAAAACUGUGCAUGUCAUCCAGUAUUUCAUAAUAAAACACCAUAUGCGAACUCCCAACUGUGUAUCAGUCCAUGUAGAUGAGAAAUACUUCCUGAUUAUGAAUUUGUCAGUAACACAGAACAAUCUGAUGGUCAAUCCCCGAUCCAUGUGGACCCCAACAGGACUUUGAACUGCUAACUCUGUCUGGAGGUAACAGCACAGCAUGAAGGAACAUAGUUUACUUUAUUAAACACCAGUAAACCUGCAAAAACCGAAACUGUAAAAUCAUGUUGCUUUUUCACAUAUAGUAGAGGCUCAACAGUCACUGGAUUAUAUCCAAAUUAGCAGCAAAUAGACCGUAGAAAGGCAAAACAACCUGUUGUGAGCAUGUUGUUUCCUAGCUAACCAGGUCUGCAUUAUGCUUCUGCUAUGCUCCAAAUACGAAUCCUGUAUGCGAUACCCAAUGCUGCUCUAUGGAGCAAAUACGGAACACGCUCAGUACAGAUCCUGUAUGUUUUCGACUUCAGUUGUGGCGACCCCCUUUAGACAAAGAGGUCUUUGGUUAAAGAAUGUCCUCGACACAAAAUCUCAUCCUACUGACAACUCUAUCAUCAUGUCUUAAAGUCAUAAUAAACUGUUUAACAACCUGAAAGUUCAAGCCAAAUAAAGUGAGAUGCUCAUUUUGAAGUAAAAAUCUGUCACGUUCCAGGGUGAAACAAAAAGGGAAAGGACCCAAAAUGCAGAUAAAAAAAAUGAUUUAUUUAAAAGCAACAAAAUAAAAAGCAACAAAAGCUAACAAGAAAAUGUCCAACUCAAAAAUCAAAAAUCCAAGAAAAUGCACAGGGGGUGGAAAAAGCACACACACAGAGGCGUGGACAUACAACAAUAAACAGACAAAGAAACAGGGGAAGACAAGGACUACAUAUAAACACAGGAAAACGAGCAACGAGAGGCAGGUGAGACGCUGAGAGACAGGUGCAGACAAUUACAAAGGAGGGAAAACUGAGGAAGUAAAACAAGACUAGAAACAUGGGGAAUAAACUACAAAAUAAAACAGGAAACACUGAAAACUAGUCCUUGAGCCCCCCCGUCCUGCAUGUUUUGGAUGUUUCCCUGCUCCAACACACCUGUUUCAAAUGGUCAGCUCGUUAUCAAGCCAUUACAGAGCUUGAUAACGAGCUGAUCAUUUGAAUCAGGUGUGAUGGAGCAGGGAAACAUCCAAAACAUGCAGGACAGUGGGCCUCGAGGACUGGACUUGAGAACCACUGGUAUAAGCAAUAAAACACUGAGAAGAGGAGGGAACCGGGGUCAGACAAAAACUUAAAACUCACAAGACUGGAUUACAGGGGAACAGGAACAACAGGGAACAGAAACACAAAGAAAAUACACUCCAGGGAAAAACUAACUCAAACAGAACAUAUCAUGACAAAAUCAUGAAGAACAUCAUUGUCAAAUUUCCUUCCAUUACGAUCAUGUGAAUGCUCCUUUUCCACCACUUCCUGCGUAUUCUGUCCCUCACCAUGCAAAUCAGGAUGAUGUCCUUUCUCCUCAACAACAUUCAAAUGCAAACAGUGUACACAUACAGUCAUUUAUCAGAACUACUAGUUUCUGUGUGUUUAGUCGAGCACUGUCAGGUCUUAGUCGACCCCCCUCUCUCUACUGUAUGCUCCCUGUUUUGUUUUUUUCCGUCACUUUCUGUUUUUUUGGCUAACUGAGCAAUCUUGCCCGCCAUCUGUCUGUCUGUAAGCCUCUCACAUUCAUGCCCCGAGGGACUGUGUAUGUUCUGACAGUCAUCUUUCAAUCUCUCUCAUUAACCAGAGAUCGUUUUUUUUUUACAUACUGUGGUAGCCUCGCUCUCUCUUUCCCUCUUUCAAUCACUCACUCUGUUAACCGCUCAUUGUUUCACAUUCCGCUUUCUUUUUAUUCCUUCCUGCCACAGUUUGCUUUUUACCCUGUUUCAAAAUCACCUGAAGAAAGCAGGGACUGUCAUAGCAACCGGCGGUCUAUGGAGGGGAAAAUGAACACCUUUCACUGACGUUUAAAGCCUUAGCGCCUCUAUGAUUGAUGCACGCCAAAUCUCAUUGUGGAAAUGAGAUUUUCAAGGACCUGACACUUGUUUGCAGUGGUGAUUAGUGUUAUCUCUAUUUGCUGUCUUCAUCCACUCUUUCCCAUUUACCUACUGCUGAGAGAUUACAUCUACCAGAACAUUCACACGCACAAACAGUUCAGUUUGCUUUGCUGCACAUAUUAGGACACUCUGUAACUGUGUGUAUGUGUGUGUGUGUGUUUGUCCAUACAUUAACAUGUAGGUCCUUUAAUACUUAGAAAACAAUAGAAACCUGUGUUGUAAUUACGCAAUGUAUAAUUCAAUUAAGAAAUGCUUAACCUUGAGUUCACUACAUUCCUGUUCCCACAGUUACCACAAUGUAGGACAGCAGCAAACUGUUAUUUGAGUAAACAUGUAUGUUACAGAGUAAACAUGUUUAUUGUACAGAGAAAACAGAUAUUGCAGCUUGACUGGAGAAUACAAACACUAUGUGUGUCAGUGGGGAUGGGGUCUCAAGUGUCAUAUGUAAGUUUAUUUGACUCUACUUCUUUUGUGUCCCUUAGGUGGCGAUCCUAGUCCCAUUCAGGAACCGCCAUGAGCAUUUACCCAUCCUUCUACGACAUCUGGUCCCAGUGCUUCAGAAACAGAGACUCCAGUUUGCCUUUUAUGUUAUAGAGCAGGUAUGAUCACGAGUAUUCAAAGGGAGUUUGUUAAAAGUUGGAAAACUUCACAAAAUCUAACAAAACAAAAUAAAUAAAUCUUGAUCCUCAGGGAGGUACGGAGCCAUUCAACAGAGCCAUGUUGUUCAACGUGGGCUACAAGGAGGCUAUGAAGGACCUGGACUGGGACUGUCUUAUCUUCCAUGACGUCGACCACCUCAUGGAGAACGACAGAAACUACUAUGGCUGCACAGACAUGCCUCGACACUUUGCAGUCAAACUGGAUAAAUACUCCUACAUGUAAGCCCUGAGUCUGUUUCCACCUGUAGCGUACAGUAAACGUGAUCCUUCCUCAUAUUCAUAAAUUAAAUUUGUGUAAUUGUCUCCCCCUCAAGCCUUCCGUAUAAUGAAUUCUUCGGUGGUGUCAGUGGCCUGACGGUGAAACAGUUCAAAAAGAUUAAUGGAUUUCCUAAUGCGUUCUGGGGCUGGGGAGGAGAGGACGAUGACCUCUGGAACAGGUUAGGUGAACACACAAACACACACAUGCACACACACGCACAAAUCUAUUCUCCUGUCUGGCAGAGAAGGAGCAUGAGACAGUUUUGUUGACAUGAGGUGUGUUCAAAAGAUGGGUUAGGCCAGUUUUGCGCACAGCAGGCUUUGUAAUAGUUUUCUUCCUUUUUUUUUUUUUCAUGUGCCCUUGUCACACAGCUUCGUCCCUCCUCCUGUCUACACAGCUCUCAAGCAGCUGUACACACUGUUAGCUCACAAUACACACUGCCUAUUCUGACUGCGUGACUGACUGGUGGUGUGUUUUUGUUUCCUUCUGUAAUGAUCUCUUUUGUCUGCAAUCACUGCCAAACCUUCCCCUCUUGUAUGUCUGUAUCAUGUAGCGCACAGAGUCAAUAUGAUUACACAGAUAUGAGUGAUGACUAUUAUGCUUUCUUUUAAAACUGUCACCAAACACAAUGCUCGCUCUGCCUCGUCUGAGUGCAUCAUAAAUUAACGUCCAUUUAAUGUUUGUAUAGGGUGCAGUUUGCUAACUACUCAGUAAGCAGACCGCACGGAGAGCAAGGACGCUACAUGUCAAUCCCACAUCACCACCGCGGGGAGGUCCAGUUCCUCGGAAGGUUUGUCUCCUUGCACGCGUCACUCAUUCACAUACAGAUACACACGCUCGAGUCAAAAUGGGGGCUGAUAAUUGGAACAAAGCUUAGGCUCAUGUGGUGUAAGCCAGUCACAUGAAAAGCCAGAACAGUGACUUUGAGAGAAUUUCAGCUCUUUUAAAGACUUUGCAUGUGAUACGCUUGUACGCUUCAGGGCUGAAUUCCAAUCAUUCCCUCUCUUGGUUACUCAGAACAGCCAGAGAGGAAAAAAAAAACAAACAUUUAUUUGAUUCAUGCUGAAACAAACUCAAGUAAGUGAUUCCAGGUAGAUAAAAAGCACACAUUCACCCCUCAAAAAUUUGUUUUUGUAAUACUUCCAUUAAGACCAGACUGACAACACUGCAGCAGUCUGCCGAUGAGUCAUUUCCAUGGAAAUACAUAUGCGAGUGUUACUUUCUCUUAGACACUCUCAAUGUCAGCCGACUUCUCUGUCUUGUGUCACCCUUCGGGAUGACGAAACCUGUUCCUCCACUUGUGUCUUUGUUCAAUAAAGCUCGUCUGCCACUCCAUGUAACCUGUCAGACCUGAACAUUUAACAUGCCUCCUGCAUACAAUAGAGUGAAGAACUGUUAUUUGUAAGCCGUCCCACCCCUUCUCUUGACUAAUAAGCUGUUUGUUCUUACAGGUAUAGUCUGCUACGCCACUCAAAGGAGAGACAGAAAGUGGAUGGUCUAAACAACUUAAACUACUCCCCCCUAGUGUCCAGGAGGCCUCUUUACACCAACAUCACAGUCAGCUUGAGCAGAAAGCUUGCACCAGUAGCUGACUACUGAUGUAGGCACAGCUGGACUGCAAAAACACCUGGGAAUCAAAGUCCUCUGGGACAUCAGCCAUAUCUCACCAGUUGCAGCACUGCUUAGGACUUUUAAGUUGGUUGUUUUUUUGUUGUGUUUUUUCUUUCUUUUGUUCGUAUGCAUAGAAAGGAGACUCAAAACUAAGUAUGUUGGAUAAAACUUAAAAGAAGUAACGAUUAAUGCUGCACUUGCUUGUGCCACAGUCCAUCACUCCUCUCAUCUGGGCUUCUCUAGUCUGCAGUCUCCACAUGCCUUUUGCACCAUUUUGGCCUUCAGCAUUCAUCCAUUCAUUUACGCAUUUUCUUACCCAGCCCUACACUAGUGUGCUUGUUUAUUAAAAUAAGCCAUGAUUGACACGCACAUUAACACGCACGCGCGCGCGCACGCACACACUAACUCGACUUACAAGUCCUGACACGGUCUGUGAGGCUUCGAUAUUUUUCCGUUGGCCUUGCACUUCUUCUUCUUCAAAAAAAAAAAAUGCAGUAAACCUGUGAAAACGUUUUUUGCAUGCACACAUAAGAUCACGAAGUAAACUGAGUGGACUCUUGCAGCUGGUUCUGCAGAAGGUAUGCCAAAUCUACAGGUGAAGAUAGCGAGAAAAAUGCGGUAAAAAAGAGUGCGUGUUUUCAGUUCUGUAUACUGUUUGUGAAAUCCUAAGUUAAGAGAACAUUAUUACCGUAAUCAUCUCUGACCAACUUUGUUUUGUCCUGUGAACCUACCAUUUAAAGACUGUGACGUUUGUGUUUGCAUAGUUGCAUUUGACGUUCUGGCUGCCUGCAAGUGGCUGUAUGUUGGAGAGCAAUGCUCAACCUGUUAGCAAUAAGCUGUAAUACCCGACAGCAGAACUUAGACCUGACUUCCUCACUCAGAUGCAAUAGCACGGGUGCUAGCAUACCCUCAUUGGACUACAGAGGCGGAGUGACUGCGUAUGCAAACUUCACACUCAACACACCUUUGCCUAAGCAAACAUGCCACCCAUUUCAAAACCUGAGUGUGUGUGGUUGUGUGUGUGUUUCUGCAUGCGCGCCUGUGUGUAUACAAGUGAGGGAGAGCUAUGCAAAUGGCCUGUAUGUAUCCUGUUGUCAGUGCAAAGGUCUUCAGGAUGACUUCCUGGAGACUUUUACCCCUGAAACUGUGACAGACUGACUUUAGAACCUCACUUUGUGUCCAGUGUGUGAGUCCAGGCCAGGGAGAGAGGAAACAUCGCUGUUUUAUUUUUAGACCCCUUCAUUGUCAAUAUUUACUCACCUUCACAUAUACAGGAGAGGAAGCAGAAGAAGAGAAUACUUGAUAGCCGUCACUGUCACUGGUGUUUACAGAAGCUUUUGCUUUGUUAUUUUUCAGAUUGUCUAGUGUUUGCAAUAUCCAGCACUGUUCCACUGUGGGUGCUGGGAAAACUGUAUCUACAACAACCAAUCAAAGGCUGCCUUUAUUUUUUUAAAUAACUCCUCUUUAUCUAGGCAUGGACAGAGGAAAGCAGAGCUGAACGCACAUCAAGCAACUCAUGAGAAUCUAUCGAUUAGCUUUAGCUUGCGGCUGGAAGAAUUGUUUUUGCGAAUCAAACUCUGGAGUGUUUGGGUCUGAGCAGAUGUUUGGCUGGGUGGGGUGCAGGCAAACAUGGUGCUCUGACAGCACUCAAGCAGAACAUAAAAGUUGCUUGAACCACCCCGUCUCUGGUUUGUGUGCUUGACAGUGUUGAAUCCGAGUAAAAAUAUCCCAAUACUGUAAAUGUAGUUCCUCUGUAGAGAGAGAGAAAAAAAAAACAGACACUUUCUCCUCACUGUCUGUCCGUCUGUCUGUCCUCUGGUCAUGCAGCUACUUCAUUUCACACAGAUCGCCUUGUAUGCAUUUCUUAAGAUAGAUGUGUGUUUGGGGGAUUACAUGGGUGGUUGACUAACUUUUGUGUUCCCACGUUGAAAUAAGAAGUAAAGAGGCUGGACCUCGUUUUAUUUAUUUGAUCUUUUAUGGAUUAUUUUCUGUAAUUGUUCAGUUUUUUUAUUUUUCUUGCGGUUGAUGUGAUGAUUUAGUGGGUGACAUAUGACAGACCGUGUUAGAUGCACUGAAACUUGUAGUUGUGUGUAUUUAUGUGGGACUGUGGGGUUCAGGUCUGUGUAAAAGGGGUCGCUGGUCCGUUUCAUUUCGACACAGAAACGGUGUUGAGGAUGAAAUGGAUCAGGUCCCGUAACCUGGUGUGUGUAGAUCUGCUGAAAAGACACAUCGGAGGCGGCCAUUUUGUGUGACGACCACAGGAAGAGCAAGACGCCCAAUCAGAAAACGCCAGCUGUCCCUGUCUUUCACUGAGUACCUCCAUUUAUACUAAUUGAUAAUCAAUGGUGCUGAUCCCUUAGGACUCCCUUUAAGGGAUUCUUCCUCUCUCUACGUGCUCACUGCAGCCAUGCAUACACCAUAAAGGCCAGUAUCGGCAGGCCAAACAUUCCUCAAACUUUUACGGCUCUUUCAUGUCAUUCCAGCCUGCAUAUCAGCGAUUGUUUUACUCCCAUACCAAGUUUAUCCUGGCUUCUUUUCAUCCGGCCAGGUGAAGCUGAUUUGUGUAUUUCUGUUCCCGCUUCAUUCUCACAAACAGGAGCACGUGUUUACCUCUUAGCCAGGCACUCAGGAGGCGCUCAGUGAGGGUCACGGACAGUAGCGGCGAACAUGUUAAGUUUUCUUUUCCAUGUGAGUUUGAGUGAAAUGGCCAAAACCUUUCAGAGGUUUGUCAGUCCUCCAUGUAGACUUUUUUUUUUUUCUUUGUUUUUCUUUUUUGUUUUACAGCACUGAUAAGAUUUAUACCUAUGACCUGGUUGUGAACAACUCACAGGUCCAUUUCUUGGACUUGACACAUACAUGCUCGGCUGUAUAUCAUUUCUUUUUUUGCAUUGCUUUGAAUUAAAAGCUGGAUGGACACACAGGAAAAGCCGAAUCAGAAUUUGAGCAACGUCUCAAUAGAAAGAAGCCCUUUUGAGGGUAUAUACCCCACACUGUAGAUUGAGUAGUUAAAUCAGCCAACACCAUAAAGAACAAGAUGGGUUUACCGACAUCAGCUUUGUUCGCUAAAUGACUUAAAAUGGGGGCAAAUCAGUCUGUGCUCUUCUGCUUUUUAUCCAGAACAGGAAAUGUUUGUUUUCUGCAAAGAGCAUGCCGACAGUAAGUUCCUGUUACAUUAACUGUAAAAAGUCUCAAUCCAGACCAAAACCAGGCCUGCUGCUCACCCAAGAGGCUUCAUCCUCCCAUAAUCUCUCUUACUCUGAUCCAUUCUGUGCCAGUUUGAAUGAAGGGACCAUUCUUUGGCCGUCUGACAAAACUGGCAGCCUUAAAGCUUCUUAAUUUAUUGCAGUGUUUUUGUUUUGUUUCUUUUUUUCCACUUAAGUUUUUAUUUUUUUUUAUAAGCGAAAAAAAUAUUUAAAUUGAAAAAAGUGCAUAUCAAGAAAAUGAUCAUUGUAAAUAUUGUUGUGUGUAGUGUUUUAGAAGUUCUAUAAGGUCUUAAAUCACUACAGAUGCUAGCAUAAAGAGCAAGGCUAUUUGGAGGGAUUUGGCUGGAGGUUUUAUCGGGUGCCAUUUAAGUGCUAGUGAAGCUUACACAAAGACAUCAACGGUUUUACAUCACCGCUUCCCCGCACAGCCUUUUUUUUUAUUUAUAAAUAAAGAUAUCCCAUGAAUUUUUAAACUCUUACUACCCCUGAGGUGUUCUAACUCUCCAGAGGCCUCCUCCUCAUACCUUACACGUUGUAGCAGCUCAAGAGACAUAUUACCGCAUACACGGGCAUCAGCCUUCACAUGUGUGAUCGGCGUCCUUGUUUCCGCCUGUGAUGUCUCUUUGAUAGAAGCAGCAGCGUGGGGUAAGGCGCAGGUCAGAGGGAAGCACCGCGGGAUGGCGAGUGUCAGCCAAAAAACACCAUAUGCUUACAGCAACCAAACACAGGCACCCAAAACCAGCCACACAAUCCACUCUAAAAAUCUACACUGAUUCAUUUUUUUGUAUGAAAGCUAACUAUUAAUAAAAAAAUAGAUAAAAAGAAAAGAGAUUACUAAAUUUAAAAUAAUCUUCUCUGAUUGUAAGGAGAAAAGCUCUCCUUGAAUUGAAGCCAUUUGAAGCCACAUGUCGAAACUUGAUGUCAGCCUUAUGUGAAUCUGUUUGUGUAUCGGCAUAUUAUCUUUUGAUUAUUGAAAUUUGUAUGAUGGAGAUUUUUCUUUUAUACCAUCAUUGUUAUUGUCAAAAUACACCAAUAAAAUGAAACUUGUAAAGAUACUGAC